AUGGUGUUCGAGUCCCUUGUGGCAGACCUUCUCAAUCGUUUUCUUGGCGACUUUGUUGACAAUUUAGAUGCUUCACAGCUCAACAUCGGCAUCUGGGGAGGUGAUGUGAAAUUGGAAAAUCUCGAAGUCAAGGAAACGGCAUUAGAUGAUCUUGAUCUUCCGGUCAAAUUAAAAUUUGGGUACUUAUCGUCACUAGUGCUCAAAAUACCAUGGAAGAAUUUGUACAAUGAACCAGUGAUAGCAACUAUUGACGGGCUCUACCUCAUCGUUGUACCUAACAAGGGUGUUGUCUACAAUGAAGAGAAGGCCAAGAAAAAUGCGGCUGAAAUCAAGCAGAAAACGCUUGCUCGACUUGAGGAAGCACGUAAAAAUCGUCGAAAGCCGCCAGACCCGGCUCAGGACUCUUUUGUUGAGAAAAUGGUCACACAAGUGAUCAAAAAUCUCCAGGUGUCCGUGAGCAGUAUUCACAUUCGCUUUGAGGAUAAAUACACAAAUAGACACCGCCCUUUUGUGGCUGGUGUCACCCUUGAGAAGUUGGACUUCCAGACUACCAACGAAAAUCCUACAAUCCAUCGAGACGUAGUGAAAAUUUUCCACAAACUUGUGCUGCUGGAUAAUUUAUCGUUGUACUGGAAUUCUGACUCUGAAUUAUUUUCGGAUUUACAUGAUAAAAUGGAGAUUCGAAGGAAACUCAAAGCCACUAUUCACACCGGGAAAAGCCCUCCGGCAGGCUACAAGUAUAUUCUUGAACCAAUCACUAUGGAAGCCAAACUGAAACUCAACCAAAAGCCUGAAACUGAUGGAACAAAUUGGCAAACUCCAAAGAUAGAUCUCUCCGUUGAUAUGAAAACUCUCGCAUUAGCUAUUGGUAAAUUCCAAUACCAGGAUAUUUUGUUAUUCCUCGAGGCGCAAGAGAGAUUCAAUCUCGCAACACAAUAUUUGAAGUAUCGACCGAACUUGAACGAGUUUAAAGGUCAUUAUAAAGAAUGGUGGCAUUUUGCAUACAAGGCAAUACUAGAAGAGAAAGUGCGCCGAAGGCGUAAUAAUUGGUCGUGGCCAAGAAUGCGGGAACAUCGUAAGCUCGUCAGGGAUUAUCGAGAUGCUUGGGUGAAGGUUUUGACAGAAAAAAGUCCUGGAGCUGCAGUGGAAGAAAUAGUUAAGAAAGCUGAGGAACAACUGGAUGUGUUUAACGUUAAUGUUGCUCGACAACAAGCCGAAAUGGAUAUUGAUCGAAAAGGAUUGAAAAGGGUGGAGGAUCAGCCUCAAGGUUGGCUUGCUUGGGGAAAGAGCUGGUUCGGUGGUGGUGAAGAGUCAACAACUCCGACAGGAAAGAAAAAAGAUUUCGCUGAUCAAUUUAAUGAGGCAAUGACACCGGAGGAAAAAGCAAAACUGUUCGAAGCGAUCGACUAUCAAGAGAACAUCCCGCCCACAAACUAUCCGAAGGAAUUCGUAGAAAACAAGUUCGAUUUCCGUCUGGGACAGGUUGCUGUAAUAGUAGAUGGAGCCGUAUCACUAUUUUUGCUGGACCUACGGGCUUACGUUGAACAGCGACCCAGCGCUAAUGCUAUGAAUUUGAAAUCCAUAAUCCAAGAACUACGUAUGGAUGGUUGUGGAGCGGAAAUGCUUCGCGUACGCGAUCCUUCGAAGCCGUGGCUCAAUUUGUGUGUGGACACAAAUCCUUUGAAUGGGGAAUAUGACCAAUUCGUGCAGCUCGCGAUUGCUCCUAUUAAUCUCAAGUAUCAUGCUCCUGCAGUGAAUAAUGCAGCAGACGUUUUCAAACCACCGGAAUCAGUCAAAUUGAAUCAGUUGACUGCAGCUGCGAUGUCACGAUACGAAGAGGUCAAAGCAAGAUCGGCUACUGGCUUAGCUCAUGCUGUUGAAAACAGAUCUCGUCUUGUACUGGACAUACAAAUACAACCUGCCACAAUUUACAUUUCCGAAGGUGGCAUAUACAACGCGAACAAACCAACAAUCCUUGCCGAUCUUGGUCUUCUCAGCAUCACAACAAUAGAAAGUGACCCUAACGCAUUAGCCCAUCAAGAUAAAUUACAUCAACUCAUGGAUAAAGCUUAUGAUAAAUUCCGUGUCAAACUCAGCAAUGUUGUUGUUUCUAUGGCUGAGAAUGUGGCAAAAGGUCGAGCAUCACUAGGAGAUAAGGAAAGUCCACUACAUAUCUUGAAGCCUACUGGUUUGGAUAUACAAAUCCAUAAAUGUUCUAUAGACGAUUUGAGGUUGCCCAGGAUGCGUGUGAUCGGAGCAUUGCCUGACAUCGUUAUCGGCAUCUCGGAUGUACGUCUAUUGGAGCUCACUAGGUUGCUCCUCUCUAUACCGAAGCCAGAGCCAGAUUUAGAGGCUGCUGCUAUCGAAGAAAAAAUCCUGGAAUCAACAGAAGUAAAAGUCAAGGACCGAGCUAAAAUGAAAACUAUUAUGGAGGUUCAAGAGAUUGAAUCCGAUGAGCAGCCUAAUCAAGAAGCUGCUGAAGCUGAGAAAUCGAAAACUAGCGAACAACAAGUGCAAGUCGAACUUGACCUCCAUCUUAAUCAAAUUGGUGUCAUUGUGUUACGGAGAGAUGAAGUGCUAUGCGAAGUUUCAAUUCUUCGAAUGGGUUGCAAACUUCAAAUGCGAACGUUUGAUAUGGUUGUAACAGCUGAGUUAGGCGCCGUCCGUGUCUCGAUGCCAAUGUUCAAAUCCAUUGAUCCUAAGAGAAAAUGUUUGUACUUCAUUGACAACGAUGAAGAAGAAGGAUCGCUCAUGACGCUUAAGUUUGUGCAGGCUAAUCCAGAAUCACCAUUCUUCGCUACAGAAUAUCAUUCUACAGAGCAAUUCAUAGAGUUCAAGUUCAGAAAGCUGAGUGUUUCCCUCCAUCAGGAAGGACUCAUGGAGCUAAAGCAGUUUGGUGAAAAGAUGCAGAAAGAAAUCAAUGACCUACAGAAAGAUUCGGAAAAACCAGUACAACAGGCUAUUGAACAAGGCGCUCGAAAAUUAAGUCGCCAAGUUAGUGAAAGUGUCGAAUCUCUCGCAGCGGUGUCGCGCGAAGCUCAAACUCAGGCGGCUGCAGGAAAGAAACGCCGAACCAAAAGAUCUCAAUCCGUUGAAGAAGAGGAUGCAGCUCGUGUUAUAAAAAUGCGAUUGGAAGCGACAAUUGGCAGUUUAGCUGUCGCCAUUGGAACAGAAAAUUCCUUGGAUACUUGGGUUGCUAUAGAAAAUAUCCGCGCAGAUGUCAAGAUGACAGUGAAGGUCAUGAAUGUUACUGCAACUCUCAAAACUGUGAGGAUGGAGGAUAUGACGGAAGGAUCUCUUUAUAAGAAGUUGUUGUCGGUCGCGGGAGACAAAGAGAUGCUACGUUUCGAGAUGGUUCAGUAUCAACGUACGGAUGAGCAAAAGCGAGCGAUGCAGCCGACAGAUAUUGACAUGAGUGUGAAGGUGAGGUUGGCGCAAAUGCGGUUUGUAUUCCUAAAUCUAUGGCUUUGUCGUCUUAUGGCCUGGAUGGCACCGUUCCAAGCAGAAGCAGCUCGAGCUGCUGCUGCAGCACAAGCGGCUGCUUCUGAGAAGGCUGCUGAGGCCGCUCAGAAUGUAAAACAAAUGUUGGCAGAAUCUCCACCGCGAAUCCAGCUUGAUGUGCAACUCGAAGCGCCUGUAAUCGUACUGCCGCAACUUUCCACGAGCCACAAUGUUGUUGUGCUUAUUCUAGGUAAACUAGUGGUCGCCAACCACAUCACGGGUGAUAGGCAAAAUCAAAAGCUAAUUAUGGAUCGAAUGGAGGUCAAACUUAUGAAUAUGACAUUUGGAAUAGGUCGCAUGAGUGACGAUGCAUCAGCGGUAGAGACUUCAUGUGACAUUCUGGAACCACUUUCCUUCAAUAUCGCCGUUCACAGAAAUCUCGUUUUUGCUGCCGUGAAAGAUCUCCCAGAACUCACAGUUGAUGCACAAAUUCCUUCAUUAGUUGUGAAUAUGUCUGAACAUGAUUACAACACCCUAAUGCAGACAUUAAGCGGAAACCUGGCUGAAGGCACUGAACUAACUGCAGUUCCUCCACCUUUGCCUGUUUGUUCAGACACUGUGGACUCGUCAGAGGGUGAAACAACUGGAGAUAAAGGAGAGGAAGAUAAGCUUCAAUUAGAGAAGAAAAAAGUGGCUGGAAAGUCGUCAAGUGCACCAAAAGCAGUCACUCCUCCACCAACACCAGUGGAAACCCCAAAGCCGAAAAUUGUCUUCCAGUUUACUUUGGAUAACAUUGUGGCAGUGCUUUACACGGGUGGUGCUGAUCAAGGAUCUACACGAGCAGCUACCGACGCCUUCGCUGCUAUGAGAUUACAUGGUCUGAAACUCAGUGGAACUAUAAAGGAGGACAAUUCUAUGAAUGUAGCAAUAUCACUGAACACUUUUACCAUGGCUGAUGAACGUCGUGAAAAGACCAAAAUUCACCAGCUGCUCGACAAGAAAAGCACUAAUCAAGGCGAUCGUUUCUUAGCACUUGCUUUCAGCCAGGAUGCCAAACAAAACAAAAAUGUAAAGCUGAAGAUGUCUGCGUUCUUCAUCUGUCUGUGUCCUGAAUUCUUGGGAUGUCUAACGAGGUUCUUCACCGUUGACAAAUCGCCGGAAGAUCUGGAAAAUGAAAUGGAGGCAAUAAAAGCUGUGGGAACACAAACAAAAGCAACGGCUGCCCAAUCCACUGGAUCCGCUGAGAAAGAUUCCGCGGAUACUCCUCCACCAAGUAUUGUCUUAGACUGCAACAUGCAGGGAGUAGAAGUAAUACUAGUUGAAAACUCAAUGAAGCCCGACACUACACAGGCCCUGAUCCUGUCCUUCAACAUGAAGAUGGUUGCUAAUCCAUCGGAAACUGAGCAAGUUAUGAGUGGAGGUAUAGAAAAGCUAUCAAUGUACAGCUCUUAUUAUGCACCAUCGAGAAGAAAUGAAGUAACAUAUGAGGUUCUAAAACCUAUGAACAUCGGAAUAGAAGUGCGUAUUGAUACACCAACAAAAGCUACGGAUGUGAUUCUAAAAAUGUCUCCGAUGGAAGUACGUAUGGCACCAUCGAUUAUUCGUCUUCUCUCGGCUGUGAACACUGAAUUUGCGAAGAGUAGUGCAGUGGAUGAAAAAUCCACGACUGUAUCGUCUCCAAAACUUCGAUCAUUCCCUAACUACUGGAAGCCGAAACGUAUCGAUCAGAAAAAGUUCUUUUUCUUCUUGGCACCUACAGCGGAAGAAGCGUGCGAGGAAGACGAAAAUGAGGCUAAAGAUGCCUCUACUCGUGCUCCAAUAGAGCAUGCUCAUGUCGAGAUGGAGCGAAUUAAUUUUACUCUUGAGUCCGGAGAUAGUUCUGUACCUGUUCCGUUGGUCUUUAUGCAGAUACUUUUGAAUGCGGAGGCAUCUGGGUGGUCCUCCGCUUUGCAGGCUUCUGCGGAUCUUUCACUUCAGAUGUCGUACUACAACGAAGCUCUGAGUGUGUGGGAGCCUGUCAUAGAACCUGUGGAGGUGAGCACUGAUAACUGGGCUCCAUGGAAUCUAAAAAUGACCGUAAAAGGUCGUAAUAAACUGGAUCCAUCGGACACUAGACCUGGAAUGGACGUAAAAAUUGAUGCUGACGACAUAUUGAACAUUACAGUGACUAAGUCGUUGCUCAGUUUACUCAACAAGGUGUCCGAGACAUUUGCUCACGCAGCGAAACAAAUAAGUCCACCAAGCAGUCGUCAACUUCCUGGAAGCUCACCAUUCCUCGUUCUCAACGAGACCGGGAUCAUCAUCAAAUUGGCUGACUCGGAAACCCUGCAGGUUAGCGAAAGUGGGGGUGAAAUAGAAGCACCACAUGGCCGAUUUGUUGAUUUGCGAAUGAACAAGGAGACUGCUGCAGUUGCGGAGGAGUCGCAAGAUAAGGAACGUCUUAGCACAAACCAAGUAGAGCUGAGCGCUGAUUUGCGCAUCAAUCUCUUGGAUACCGUCAGACAGCUGAAGAUUGGCCGUGCUGGGAAAGUUGCGAUUCCACUGCCUAAAAAGAGCGAUGGUGGAAAGCAGUGGAAGAUCAUUGCUGAGACAAGCAUAGAGAAUGGACGUCGACUUGUGACCCUUACAUCACAUGUAGAGGUGACGAACCAUUUGGAUGUACCUAUGGAACUAUACUCCAAGAAUAGUACAAAUCUGGAUGUGUUCGGAAUCGUCGGACCCGGAGAAACAUUGAAAUUAGUGGUUCCGCUGCUUUUUUCACCAACAGGAGAGAUUUACUUCAGGCCUGCAAAUGAUAAUGCGUCGCUCACUUCUAGAUGCGAAGUUAGCUUCGAAUCGGUGACUUGGCAUCAGUUCACCCACCAAAAACGACAAGUGAUUCGUUGCGAUUUAAGUGAAGACACCACCCAGGGCUUCUUCUUUGAAACGGUUGUUCUUGAAGAGAAAGUUCGAGAAGGCGUAGAUCAGAGCACCGAAGUGUAUUCGUUGCAUCUCUAUCCUCCCCUGCAAUUCCACAACAUUCUUCCUUUCCCCAUCACUUUCGAAAUUCCUGUUGCAAUGGAUCUUGCUCCAGGCGAGAAUGUACAGCUGAAUUUGGUACCAGGACUUCGCAUGCGACUUUGGGCUCCAUAUUUGGGCGAGAUGUAUUCCUUGGAUAUGACAAUCCCGGAAGAAAAGCAUGAUCUUGAAGUGGUUGCUUUGAACACGGAAACUGGAUCAUCAGAGUUGCUUCUCGGUAUUCAUUGGAGCACGGAACACGGAGACCUGAAAGCGUAUCUGUACGCACCAUUUUGGCUAGUUAACAACACUUCGAUGACUUUGAAACACAUGGAAAGCGGAGGGAACUUGCUGCGAAAUACGACUCAAUGUAUGCCCUGCAGAAAGGCCCAGCCUUCGCAACAGGAGUUAGAGUAUGCUGUGAAACAUCUUCCUGACGAGAAUCCCUUAAUCUUACCGUUCCCAUCUACGGACUUCACGAAGAAGAAAAAGUCUCGAGUGCUGGUAGAUGAAGCUGGAUCAUGGUCACAAGAGUUCCCUCUGGACACUGUUGGAAAUCCAGCUCGAGUCACUUGUAAAGGAAAAGACAGAGAUUACGAGCUCACUGUGGAUAUCAAACUCUGCCAGUCCGGUCUAACGAAAAUAGUCACAUUCUGUCCAUUUUAUUUGGUGUCGAAUCUGGGCAAAUGGAAUAUGCAAGUCAGAGAAGAAGGACAAUCGACAUGGGUGGAUGUGCCGGCUGAAAAGUGUGUUGGAAUUUGGCCACAACAACGAUCGAAACGCAAGUUCCUUUGUGCUAGAUAUGUUGGACAACAGGAAGAGUCUCUUCUCUUCCCCAUAACGGAGAAUUUCGAAACUCUUUGUCAUAUUGACAACGACAAUAUCGGUGUUGAAGUUUGCGUCUCUACCUCCGAAUCUUCUGUAGCCAUCCACUUGACUCCAUUCCAGCCUGGUAUGGCUCCUGUCUGCAUUAUGAACCACCUCAAUAUGCCGGUGAAUUUCGGACAGAAGGGUCAUACGAUGAAGACGGUUGGAACCAACGAAAUGGCCUUCUUCACUUGGGAUAACGUCACUGAGAACAGAAUUUUUGAGUUCUCAGUUGGGGAUCACAACGGCGAAGACAAACUAGAUCAGAACCGCUUAUUGGAUAUUCAACUAGACAGCAAAGUUAGAAAGUUUGCUUACCUUGCCAACUUCCUUAUUGGUAGUCAACGGUUCAUACUGUUUACGCGUGAUUUGGAUAUUGCGAGAUCUGCAUAUGGUUCGUGGGAAACGGACAAUGUGGAUCUACAAGCGGAAGUUGCUCUGCAAGGUGUAGGACUUUCAAUUGUGGACAACAGCGUUGGCAAAGAGUUGUUGUAUAUUGGGAUUUCGUCGUCGGACAUUCUUUGGGAAGAAGAAGUGAAGAAGGGGCGAUUCAAGCCAUUUGCUGUGAAAAUUAUGCAGGGAUUGGAGGAGAAGUACCAAGAGCACCUUUUAGAACCAAAAAAUGGCUUCCAGCCUAUUGAUCAGUUCGAGGUGUGUUUGGAAACGAUGAUUAUGAAAAAGAAGAAGGGCAAGGAGGUGAAAAUACGACGGAUAUUCGAGAAAGGAAUAUGGGCCAACUACGGUAAAAGCACCGAACGUACACGUAUGCACCUGAAGGUGAAUCACCUACAAGUUGACAACCAGCUGGAGACAUGCGUGUUCCCACGAGUACUAGCGGUUGUACCGCCACCUAAGAGUGUCGUAGCUGAUAACGCUCCGAAACCUUUCAUUGAAAUUUCGCUAUUGCAAAGGCAGUCAGAGUUUUCGACAGUCCCUGAGAUUGAAUAUGCUCGCGUUCUUGUCCAAGAAUUUGCUGUACAAGUUGACCAAGGACUUAUUAAUGCUUUACUGGCACUGAUAGCAUCUGAAGUCAACAAACAAGCAUAUGGAAAAGAAAUGUUUGAGACGGAUAUGAACACAACUAGUGUACGUCUGGAGGACACCGCAAAACAAUACCGUUCAAAUCAACCGAGAUCAUUCUACAAUGAUCUGCACAUUUCACCUCUCAUGAUCCACUUGUCAUUCUCACAAGGCGGUACUACUGGAGGAGGAUCUUCGCCUGCGAUGCCUAUCCAAUCGGAGUUCUUCAAAGUUCUGUUCCAAAGUGUCGGAGUGUCUGUCACAGAACUUCAGGACGUAGUUUUCAAACUUGCGUACUUCGAACGAAAAUGUGUUUUCUAUCGAUCAGAUCAGUUGAACAGUGAGAUAAUUUCGCACUAUACAAUGCAAGCCCUGCGGCAGAUGUACGUGCUUGUGUUGGGUUUGGAUAUCAUCGGAAAUCCAUUUGGACUUGUUCGCGAUUUGUCAGCUGGUGUGGAGGACCUUUUCUAUCAACCAUUCCAAGGACUUAUUCAAGGACCAGAGGAAUUUGCCAGCGGUGUCGCGUUGGGUGUACAAUCAAUGUUCGGUCAUGCCGUAGGUGGAGCAGCAGGUGCCGUUGGACGAAUUACAGGCACAGUCGGCAAAGGUGUUGCUGCGUUGACUUUUGAUGCGGAGUAUCAGCGGAAAAGACAGGAAGACUUAAAUCGUCGACCGCAAUCGUUUGGAGAGGGAAUGGCGAGAGGUGUUAAAGGUCUUGGUAUGGGUGUUGUGGAAGGAAUUACAGGAGUAGUUACGAAACCCAUCGAAGGAGCUAAGCAUGAAGGUGGAUUGGGAUUUGUGAAAGGUGUUGGAAAGGGUUUGAUUGGUGUAGUUACACGUCCGGUGUCUGGUGUGGUCGAUUUUGCAAGCAGUACUAUGCAUUCAGUUCGUACUGUAGCAGGAGCAGGCAAAGAAGCUGGAGCACUAAGACCACCAAGAGUCAUACGACCUGAUCAUAUCAUUCGACCUUAUAGUCAACAUGAGGCGUUAGGGUUUAAGAUUUUCAAUGACACUGAACGUGGUGAACUAGCCGAAACCGACGAAUUUAUUACGUACGCCCCUAUCACCGACAGAAUUGUGUUACUUGUCACAAAUGAGCAGCUGGUACUUACGAAACGAACGGAUAUAAUGGGAACGUGGGCAGUGGACUGGCAGACCGAAUACGAUAAAAUUAAGGAACCUAUCUUUGUCGAGAAUGGCAUCAAACUUGUCUUAAAGGAGAAGAAACGUGGAUUCCUUGGAAUUGGCUCAACAGAAGGAAAGAUAAUAACUUUCGAAAAUGCCGAUGCUAUUCAACAAAAAGUGCUUGCUGCGUAUAAAGCUGCAACUGAGCUUCCUCCUUGA